UUCGAGAAUAUCCACAACGAUGAGACCAAGCCAAGUAAUCAUCAUUUCAGCCGCAAUUCUAUGGAUUCUGUGUCUGGUUAAUUAUGGAGAAUCCGUUAGGACCAACGAUGAGAUGGUGGAGGAGGACAUUAAGAAAACUCUAGAGGAACAUUAUACCGACCACGCUACACGCCGCAAGAAGAGGUUUGUCCAGACAUUAAUACCCAUAGUGGCCAAGGUCAUCGGGGGUCAAAUGUCAACCGGGGUCACAGGGAUCCUAAAGGGGCAACUAGGAAAGAACAUUACGACAAAUCUUAUUACCAAGAUAGCCGGCAAACUGACCGACGAAAUCAUCAACAAAAACCACAAAGACGACAUCGACAAGGAAUUGGCCGAAUACUUUGCGAGCUUCAACGAAAAAUCCGACAAAAAGGCCGCCGAGUUGAAAACCUCCAUUAAGACUGUCAUCGAUGAACUGUCAAAGAAGAACGCCAAUAUGCUGGAAGGAGGCGCUAAGAUUAACAUCGUGCCACAGAAAGGGAUGCAACUCGGGGACCUCUUCUCACCUCCGGGAGUAGAGAUCGACACUCAGUACACGAACAUCAGGUCGGAGCCGGACAGUCAGGCCGGUGAUUCUUACUCUUUCACUAGCGGCGUGGGAAACGCUCUCCUAAACGGUUGUUACGGCCCGUCCCUUAGCGCCUCUGAUCCAUGUUAUGCUGCCAAGAAACUACUCCCAAAAUGUCAGACCAUGCUGGACGCAGCCAAUUUUAUCGGUGUAGGGUUUGAUGGAAGAGGAGACUAUAGUUCCAGUUCCCGGCGGAAAAGCGUGAUCCAGAGAGUCUGUAACAGAGGUGGCAGUUAUGACGGAAAGUCUGUCCCGGACAGCAUGACAGUUCACGGCGUGUACGACACCAAUGUCCGCACAAUGGCCUUCAGCUCAGUGUCUCAGUACCAGAGUUACUUGGAGAAGAAGGCUGCUGUGGCUCAGUCCAGCUACAUGUUCGCAGAAGCUGUGGUGAAGGCGUACGGUCGCGGCUCGGUAGGCUUCCUGGGACUGGCCGGAGGGGGCGGUGGUUUCAGCUCAAACUUUCAGGCGUCCGGGUCGUCGUCUAGCUCCAGCUCCAGCUCCAGCCACAGUAUUUCACAGCAAGACAAAUUUCGACAGGUGUUCAUGUCCAGCCUAGAAGUGGACGUUAUCAGAUACGAGGUGUUCCUCGAUGACGUCACCUUUAACGACCUCAACAUGGACUUCUUGCACGACUUUGUCUUCUUACCCCAAUCUUAUUUCGCCCCAGGAGCACCGCAAAAAUUCCAGGAUUUCAUCUUGCGUUGGGGCACUCACUACGUCAAGAGCGCAGAAUUUGGUGGACAGCUAAAGCUGGUGAAGACAAAGGAAGGUGUCAAAGAGGAAUCCAUUGAGAAGUUUGCGGAGAAAGCUCAGUCCGACUACAAGGCCAUGUUCAGCACAUACAUGGCGGCCUCUGCUCAGUUCAAGUCCCGGAGCUUGUUCCACAAAGCUGAAGGAGGAGUUGAGACCGAAGUGUCAGUCGGCCAUGGUAAUACGGGUGCUCAAUCGGACGAAACUCAAGGAAGCGAACAAUCUGUAUCUCAGCAGAAGUACUCUAAUGAAGUGUUGAUGGUGGAAGGAGGUGAGCAAGGUAUCGCGGCUGUCGUCAGUGAGAUGUACACAACAGGAUUCAAACACGAACUCGUCCAAUGGCUCGAUUCUAUCCCCAGAUAUCCUAAACCUUUCGAUUUCCAGAUGGCCCCCAUUACGGACCUGUGUAACAUCAACUUCAAACAACUUUUCCCUAACGCUUCAAUGGACUUCGGUUGUUUCGGAGAAGAGACGAUGUUGACAGAAAGCGGAACAGGCCGGAAGUACUACGUGUGGAAGACGGAAGAGUGGGAUGAGUUGAACAACGAGACAUACGUGAAGGAACACAAGCGUUACUGUGAUUACGAGAACGCCCAGGGCCUUGAGGACGCUCUAAGGCGGCGCUGUAAUGCCUUGAGGACCGCCGUGGCCGUCUACCUUGAGGAGGGCCCGAUUCCCAGCACAGACAUUCAUCUUCGUCCAGGGAAAGCCGGCUGUGAGACGAACCGCCUGGCAUUUGUGGAUUCUCUGGCGGAUCUCCGGAAGCCGUCUUGGGAUAGGAUGACCGACGGUUCAACGUUCCGUGUUGUGUUUGACAUGGCUGAAGAUAUUCCAGGCGUGGUCGGUAGGGCUCAGUCUCUACUUUUGUUCUACAGAACUUCCACCCGUCAGUGGUACGUCCAAAACGGAGAGGAAUUCACCCAUCUGUAUGACGGUUUUGGUAAUGGCGGCAGUAACAGCCUCAACAAUAAAAAGAUCUCUGUCAGGGGCCUGGUACUCAAGUAUAACAGCGUUACCGGACUUCUCUCCCUUGAUUCCACCGAGUUCGAGGCUUCCAAGGCGGUGAUUCCACACCUGAGCGUGGCUCUGAAGGGAGCCAUAGUCGGCCGUGUGGAGUACGUGUCUAUGCUGCAGCAGAUUCAGCAACACAAGAAUGAGUUUGGAGUGGGUACAUCACCUUGUAACGUCGUCUGGUCAAAUGCUCAUCGUUUCAACCCCGCCAUUGUCGGAGGUCGCUGCGUCUCGUUCACAGCCGUCUGUAUGGGAGACAUCUUCGUCGUAUUCUCUGCCAUACCACGUGACAAGAACACGUGGUACUAUGUUCAAAUCAGCCCCGAUGGUGUCGCUAUCUAUAAGGGACACAAAGUCAUGAAGUUCAUCGAUGACUCCAGCGCCAGAAGUUUGGGAGAUCCACGACUGUUUGAAUCCUACUUUGUGUGUGUGGAGGAGGCUCUUGACGGGUCGAAAACUACCAUCACUUAUGGCAAGACCCCCGACAAUAGGGAGAGAGGGCAUGUGUAUGCAGUGUUUGAGGACACCGACGACCCGCUCCACGUCCGAUUCUACGCCUUUGGCAAUGGAGAAAGAGAACUCAACGUCAUGGACGCGCACGUUCUGCGGACGUCAGCAACAGGAGAGCACAUCUGUGUCGGAGGGACGGUCAUGUUUGAGGGCAAGUGUGUGGAGGAUUGUCAUCCAGAGUGUAAUGGUUGCCACCGACCGGACCUCGACACCGCCUGUCGCGCAUGUAAGCACUACCAGCUGGACAACCGCUGUGUGGCCGACUGCCCGGAUACUCAUAAACCAGACAAGGAUGAUCAAACCUGUAUCUGUGCCUUUGUGGAAGAUGGUCAGUGUGCCAGCAGCUGUAGUGUUGACAGGGUGGCAAUCCCUGACGCAGUGGAAAGUGGAAUCUGUGCCUGUAGAUAUUACUUAGAAGGGGCUCCGGACGAGUGCCUGGCCAACUGUCCAUCCUCCUCUUAUGGCCAGGCCUUGCCCAACGGACAAACCGUCUGCAAACGGUGUCACAAAUCGUGCGUCGCCCAACCAGAGGCUUUGGCCACAUGUAGUGGACCCGCAGUGGAAGAUUGUGUGCACUGUAUCAAAACCUCCACCAACGUCUGUCUCAGCUGUGGACCCGGAAGAUACGUCCAAGAAGUUUCAAGCCCUGUGUGCCUGCGGUGUCCCGUGGGGUACCAAUGUCCUGGGGACGGAAGACGUUACCAGUGCAGUAUGCAGGCCAAUGAGAAGAACAAUCUGGCCAGAACGGCAUGUGUGUCGUGUCCGAGUGGUCAGUACAGCACGACGCCUGCGUCGGGUAUCUGUCACACCUGUGCAGCAGGAUGGACUCGUCCGGCCAAGUCUAGCAGGUGCCAACGGUGUCCGAAGAACAAAGCCGGUCCUAACUGUAAACUCACCUGUAAGUGUGUGUACGGGGAGUGUAUGCAGGCUGACGGAAAGUGUAAAUGUUACCGUGGAUUCAGCGGACAAGACUGCAGCGUACCAUCCGAAGGAGCCAUCCGUCUUGUGGAUGGUCGUCUUUCAAGUCUCUAUGUAGACUCGAUUGCGCAUGCCAAACUGGAGCCGGUGCCUGCCAGCGAGGUGGUCAAUAAAACCAUUGGCGAUAUCGUUAAAGACGACAACGUGGUGAAGACCGUGAAAGCCAAUGUGUACAAGUCCGUGAUCAAUCCCCCAGUCCUUAAAUCCAGCGAUGACAGCGGAUCAGCUCCGGUUCUCCUGUCGGGCACGAGCGGUACGUUAGCCACUGGUACCCUCAACACCAAGCUGGCCUUGCCCAGAAAGAAACGAGCCCUGCUCACGAAAAUGACUCCUGAGCAGAUCCUGAAGCCGUCUCUGUCCGUCGCUAAACACGUGGCCACCGAUAAGGCGGUUGUAGGCAACGUAGCAGGCUUGACCCUGGCUUUUCCCACGAACCCAGUGCUGGAUGUCAGUGGAAAAAUAAGAGGUCGCGUUGAGAUCUUCAUGAACGGAAGGUGGGGCACAGUAUGUGAUAAGGGUUGGACACAGAAAAAUACCGAUGUGGUUUGUCGACAGAUGGGCUACAAGCACGGCUCGGCCAAGACCGGAGCUUACUUCGGAAAAGGUGUCGGCCAGAUUACAGUCACGCGAGCACUUUGCCAUGGCAACGAGACUUGGUUCAAGUCCUGUCCGCGCGCGAAAUGGUGGUUUUUCUCCGCGUGCCGUCAUAGCAACGAUGUCGGUGUUAUAUGCUGGUAAAUGAAUAUUUCCCAGCGGUAAAUUAACGCCAAAAAUUAAUUUAUUGUAAUAUACUUUCGGGAUUAUGGGUCAAUAAGUGACUUUCCUUCUAUGUCGUUUAUAGUGCAUGCUUACCAUCUGAAUAAACGGACUGACUUAAGGUUGUCCGUACCAGUAUUAGGAUACUUAAAAUUGUCGUGUCAAAUACAAUUUGAAAUAAAAUGUUUUCAUAUCAUGA